GACCUUAUGGCUGACGUUGAAAUGGAACAACCGAAAGCUGAACCUAAAGAGGAGGUUGUUGAAACUAAUGGAAAUGCUGAUAAAAUUAAAGAAGCUCAAGGAGUAUCGAAAUACGCUGAAGAUGAGGUCUUCAAAAAGCUAAUUUCUCAACAAAUGAAGCAGUCGGUGGCUGAAAGCAUGAUGAAGUUGUUUGAAUCUGGAUUCAUGGCCAUUGAAGACUUUGACGAACGUGCGGUGGAGAUGAUGAACUCGUUCCCUGAAGAUCAAGCUCGCUACAUUGUCGAUCAGUUGCGGGAGUCAAGACUUUACGGAGUACAAAACAAGCCCCAAUAUCUGAUGUCCCUUAUGCGAAAUUUCCGUGAUCGCAUUCGAGCUCAAGGAGCCCAAGCAGUUAUGGCUGGCAAGCUGAUCAAUGGACCUGAUCCAGACAAAAUGACGGAAAUUUUGAAUAGAACCGGCUAUACCCUGGAAAUCACCGUUGGUCAACGGAAGUAUGGUGGUCCUUGUCCCGACUGGGAUGGUCCUCCAACUGGACCCGCUGGACAGGGACAUGAAAUUUACAUCGGCCACAUUCCACACGAACUAUUCGAGGAUUCCAUCGUGCCGCUGUUCGAAACGUGCGGAAAAAUCUGGGAUUUACGACUUAUGAUGGACCCCAUGUCAGCCAAAAACAGAGGAUAUGCUUUCCUUACGUAUUGCGAGAAGUCCUCAGCGUCGGAGGCAGCCAAAAAGUAUGAUGGACACGAAAUUUUGCCCGGAAAAGCUCUGAAAGUGAACGUCUCAGUCGCAAACACACGCCUGUUCCUGGGAAACAUACCCAAGUCGAAAACUAAAGCCGAAAUUCUUGAGGAGCUCAAAAAGCACGCAGACGGUGUCACCGACGUCAUUGUCUACACCAUUCCCGAUGCGACAGAACGAUUCAAAAACAGAGGGUUCUGCUUUGUCGACUUCGCAGAUCACAAGACUGCUUCGGAUGCGAAAAGGAAAAUUCAGCAGCAUAAAAUCCGUCCAUUCAACAGUGAACUCGUUGUUGACUGGGCUGAGCAACAAGACGAGCCCGACGAGGAUACCAUGAACAAGGUGAAAGUACUUUACGUUCGCAACUUGAAGGAGAUUGUAACGGAAGAGAAGCUGAAAGAAAUCUUUGGACCGUACGGCGAGAUUGAACGAAUUAAAAAGAUUAAGGAUUACGCUUUUAUACAUUUCAAGGAACGAGAACCGUGCAUGAAGGCGCUAGAAGAAUGGAAUGGAAAGGAAAUUGAAGGUGUGGCGGUGGAUUGCUCACUUGCCAAACCGCAAGUCGAGAAGAAAAAGAAGCCGGUGGGACGAGGAAGAGGAAUGGGGAUGGGCAUGGGUAUGGGCAUGGGAAUGGGAAUGGGCAUGGGCAUGGGAUAUGGAGGCCCCGGUGGCUUUGGUGGCCGUGGUCGAGCGAACAACAUGUAUCCGAAUAUGGGUUACGAUGAUUUCGCUUUCGGAGGCUAUGGCGGAUACGGUGACUACGGCGGUUACGGCCCAGGCGGCUACGGAGGAUAUGGCGAUUUCCAGAACGGCGGAUACGGUCCACCUGGAGGUUAUGGUGGCUACGGUGGAGGUGGCUACGGCAGAGGUGGAGGCGGAUUCCGCGGUGGUCGUGGAGGAAACCGAGGAGGGUACGCGGGGCGAGGCAAGCGACCGGGUGAUCGAUCUGGCGGACCGGCUUCCAAGCGAGAUAACGGGGCGCCAGAUUUCUCGGCCGAUGUAAACAUGAGUUCAUUCUGA